CGUCGCUCACCGCCCCGCUCCCGGCCCGGCCCGGGGCUGUUUCCCCGGCCCCGCCGCGUCUCUCGCGGGAGGCGGUGCUCGGGCGGGCCCGGCCCUGAGGGGCGCAGGGGACACCCGGGGUGGCGGGCACGGCCCCGGUGCGCUCAGGUGCCACCUGUGCCCACGGGAGCACAGGCGGCUGCUCGUGGCGUGUUCGGCACCGCAGCUCUGUAAAGGGUUUAGAGGAAAGUACAGCUCCUGCCAGGUUUCUCUUAGGUGAAGGUAGCUGUUCUACAGCGUGGGAAGUUCGUGUUCUGAGCGUGGGGCAGCUAAGUUCUGGCCUAAACCAAAGGGUGAUGUUUGCCAAGUUAGCCUGAAUUUCUGAACUUCAAAAAACUUGGGGUUUGAAUUUUUUUUUUUUUAAUAAAAUAUAGUCAUACCAGGCGUUUAAUUGUUCUAACAGAAAAAGUUUUCCAGAAUAUCCCUGUGUUUAUUUAUACACCAUACAUGCUUGUAACACUCAGUUGUUACUUAUUUGCGUGUUUGGUUUUGUUGUGCUAGUAACUGAUCAAACAGUGUGAGUCCAAAACGGGGCUUUAUGAGAGCUCUAAAGAAUUGAUUGUUUAAAGUCUAGUCCGAUUAAUUUGGCUUUAACAGUUCAGUCUGUGUGUAGAUGGAUUGGCAGGUCCCGCGAUGAGCAGCUGAAGGAGCUGUCAGUGUGCUCCCGGGGAUUGACAAACGGAGCCGAGCGCUCCGCAGAGCCGGGGCUGCAGCCGCCUGUGAGAAUGUCGAGCCUGGGGCAGCGCACGGGCUCUGGGAAUCCCCUGCACGGUCAGGCUGUGGCUGCAGAAGGCGUUUGAUGGUUUCAAACACUUCACUUUUUCUUAACUCCUGCUGCCUGUUACUUUUUUUUUUUUUUUUUUUUUUUUUUUUUCCCUGCCUGUUACAAAAUUUCUUUUUUGUUACAUGUAUAAAGAAUUUCACUUCCAUCUUUCCUAGUUCAUACAGAUUUCGUUCAGAGAUUGUCUAGGGAUUUGUUCAUGGCAUUUUAUAUAGCAACUGAAGAAAUUUGCUCAAGAAAUAAACAUUAUUUUAAUUGAAAAGUUUUUUGGUUUAAAGAGUUGAUUUAAAAAUCAAAUUUUAUUUUAUAUCUUUCAGGUAACAUUCAUAUCUAAAAAUAAAAAUAACGUUCUUAUAUUUCAAAUUUACUGUUACGUCUUUAUGUUGAAAUUUCUAUAACUUCAGGGCUUUUUUGCUUCCUUCCUGGCGCUGUCAGGAGACAUGAUUGGGAUUAUCAGAGAAAGUCACUAAAAGUCCCCUGCGUUUCUAGUUUGGCUGAGGCUUGUGCUUGAGUCCCAGCUCACAGAAAGCACUGUUUUGUUUGGUUUGAGGUUUUUUGGUUUGAAGUUAUUUUUGGCUGAGGCCUGUGCUGGAGUCCCAGCUCACAGAAAGCACUGUUUUGUUUGGUUUGAGGUUUUUUGGUUUGAAGUUAUUUUUGGCUGAGGCCUGUGCUGGAGUCCCAGCUCACAGAAAGCACUGUUUUGUUUGGUUUGAGGCACUAGUGUGCUACUAGUAAGAUGUAGUAAACGCUGAGUGUAGACACAUGUGCCUGAAAUGCACCAGUGACUCAUGUUUUAUAGCUUGCAGCAAUGGAUCAUGUAAGAUUCAAAUCCCGUAGGAGGGAAUUUGUGUCCUCAUGUUUAUGUGUAUUAAAUUAUGAAUUACUUAUUUUCCAGUAAAACCAAAUUUUAUUCAGAAGUUUUUGUCUCCCUUCCUGAAGCAAUAAAAUACUGUUUCAUUUGUUGCUACUCUGAUUAGGAGCAGAUUCUAAAGACAGCAGUUCAUUAGUAAAAAGCCCCUGAAAUUUUUCUUACUUUAAAAAAGAUAAACUUUAAAGUUUUGAAAAACUUGUCAUCAUAAUUACAGACACGUUUUUCCGAUUGUAUAUUCCAAAGUUGAAGAUGACAUACGUCUAAUAACUGAGAUAUUCAGUGCCAUAAGUAAUGUAUAUGACUGCAAGAAACAUGCUGGUGUAGAUUUCACAUGGGAUGAAAGCAGCAGUAAGCAUAAGCAGAGUUUUAGCUCCUUAUCAUUGUUUCUUAACACUUUAGUGUGUACUAGUUAAAUCAGUAUUUUUAUUUUAUCUUGAAAUAUAUCAGAAUGUAUUCAUCACCUUUUGGUGAUGAAUGAAUUUUCCUAUUGAAUAACAAAGCUCAUGUCAAAUAUCCAAAAGAUGGAAUUUUUUUUGAUAAACUAUGUCCUUUCACUCAGAUGGAGUAAACUACUAAGUUUUAUGGAAGUAAAAGUAAAAUAAAACCAAGAGGUCAGUGUAGAAGAAGGAAACAUAUAUAAUGAAAGUUUGUGCUGUGCACUCUGUUGUGUUAAUAACUCCACUAACAUUGCUUUCACUUAAUUUAAUGCUGAUUGCCUUUAACAUUUACUAAACAGUUUUGAAAAUUACUGUAGCUUAGCCUGAGACGUUUGUGAUUAGCUGCACCAAUUUGAAAUGGCCAAUUUGGAUGAUGACAGAGCCUCCUCUGCGCAUGCUUUUUUAGAAUUUGAGGGUCACAGAUUGUCUGGUUCAAUUUAUGAGCCACUUAAAUGUAUUAACCUUCCAAAGCCAGAGGGGGAAACUCUGUGGGAUAAAUUAAAUCAUUACUAUAGAAUUGUUAAAUCAACACUGCUGGUCCAUCAAAGCCCGACCACAGGUCUGUUCCCUACCAAGACUUUUGGGAGUAACCAAAAGGCAAAAGUCCAUGAUAGCCUUUACUGUGCUGCCUGUGCCUGGGCAUUGGCCCUUGCUUACAGGCGCAUUGAUGAUGACAAGGGAAGGACCCAUGAGCUGGAGCAUUCCGCCAUAAAGUGCAUGAGAGGAAUUCUCUACUGCUACAUGCGCCAGGCCGAUAAGGUUCAGAAAUUUAAACAAGACCCCAAACCAUCUGCAUGUCUGCAUUCUGUGUUCAGUGCACAGACUGGAGAUGAGGUCUUCUCACAUGAGGAGUAUGGUCACCUUCAGAUCAAUGCUGUGUCAUUAUUUCUCCUCUACUUGGUUGAGAUGAUCUCUUCGGGGCUGCAGAUUAUCUACAACACAGAUGAGGUGUCCUUCAUCCAGAAUCUGGUGUUUUGUGUGGAGAGAGCCUAUCGGGUACCAGAUUUUGGUGUCUGGGAAAGAGGCAGCAAAUAUAACAAUGGCAGUCCAGAGCUGCACUCAAGCUCCGUGGGACUGGCAAAAGCAGCUUUAGAAGCAAUUAAUGGUUUCAAUCUCUUUGGAAAUCAGGGCUGCUCUUGGUCUGUCAUAUUUGUGGAUUUUGAUGCCCAUAACCGGAACAGACAGACCCUGUGCUCAUUGCUGCCCCGGGAGUCAAGGUCUCAUAAUACUGAUGCAGCUCUUCUACCCUGCCUUAGUUAUCCUGGAUUUGCUUUGGAUGAUGAGGUUCUGUUUGGUCAAACACUAGAUAAAAUUAUUAGGAAGUUGAAAGGCAAAUACGGGUUUAAGAGGUUUCUGAGGGACGGGUACAGGACGGCGCUGGAGGACAGGACACGGCGUUACUAUAAACCAGCAGAAAUCAAGCUUUUUGAUGGCAUUGAGUGUGAAUUCCCUCUUUUUUUUAUUUUCAUGAUAAUUGAUGGCAUUUUUAGAGGAAACCCUACACAAGUAAAGGAGUAUCAGGAUCUCCUGGACCCUUUGCUUCAAUAUACAUCUGAAGGGUGCCCUGUUGUCCCCAAGUAUUACUACGUGCCUGCUGACUUUGUGGAGCUGGAGAAGAGGAGCCCGGGCAGCCAGCGGCGGUUCCCCAGUAACAACGGGCGGGAUGGGAAGCUGUUCCUGUGGGGCCAGGCCAUGUACAUCAUUGCCAAGCUGCUGGCUGAUAAAUUAGUGAGUCCUAAGGAUCUCGACCCUAUUGGCCGGUAUGUACCUCCCCAGGACCAGCGCAACGUCAGCAUGAGGUUCUCAAACCAGGGUCCUUUAGAAAAUGAUUUGGUGGUACAUGUGGCCCUGAUAGCAGAAAGCCAGCGCCUGCAAGUUUUUCUGAACACAUAUGGAAUCCAAACUCAGACCCCCCAGCAGGUGGAACCAAUUCAGAUAUGGGCUCAGAAAGAACUUGUCAAAGCUUACUUCCAUUUGGGAGUCAAUGAGAAAUUGGGAUUAUCUGGAAGACCAGACAGACCCAUAGGAUGCCUUGGAACAUCAAAGAUUUAUCGAAUACUAGGGAAGACUGUAGUUUGCUACUCAAUCAUUUUUGAUCUCAGUGAUUUCUACAUGUCUCAGGAUGUUAUGAUGUUGAUUGAUGACAUUAAGAACGCCCUGCAGUUCAUUAAGCAGUACUGGAAAAUGCACGGCCGGCCCCUGUUCGUGGUGCUGAUCCGGGAAGACAACAUCAGAGGGAGCAGAUUCAGCCCCAUAUUAGAUAUGCUGGCAGCCUUUAGAAAGGGACUUGUUGGAGGAGUGAAGGUUCGUGUUGACAGAGUACAGACAUUAAUAUCUGGAGCAGUUGUUGAACAACUGGACUUCCUAAGCAUCACUGAAACAGAAGAGGCUCCUGUAUUUAAGAGUUUGGAGGAGCUGGAUCUUCCAAAACAUUCAAAAGUCAAGAGACAAUCUAGUACUCCCAAUGCUUCUGAACUUGAGCAGCAACCAGAUGUAAAUAUUAAUGACUGGAAAAACAAGUCAACAUAUGAGAUCCUGCAGAAACUUAAUGACUGCAAUUGCCUGGCAAGUCAAGUGUUACUCUCAAGUAUUUUGCUUAAAAGGGAAGGGCCGAAUUUUAUCACCAAGGAAGGUACUGUUGCUGAGCACAUUGAAAGAAUCUACAGACGAGCUGGCAGCAGAAAGCUCUGGUUGGUGUUGCGCUACAGUGCUGCAUUUGCACAGAAAUUUUCUUCUUCUAUAACCCCACAUAUUACUACUUUACUGGUACAUGGGAAACAGGUGACACUGGGAGCUUUUGGCCAGGAGGAAGCAGUUAUUUCUAACCCCCUAUCGCCCGCAGUGAUUAAGGACAUGAUCUAUGAUAAAUGCCGAUUACAAGAUGAAAGAGAAGCUGUGGUGCAGCAGGAACUUGUCAUCCAUAUUGGCUGGAUCAUCUCCAAUUCCCCAGAACUCUUCAGUGGAAUGCUGAAGAUACGGAUUGGAUGGAUCAUCCAUGCUAUGAAGUAUGAACUGAAAAUCCGUGCUGGGGAUAUGCCAGCCAAGGACUUGUACCAGAUGUCCCCCAGUGAAGUGAAGCAGCUCCUGCUGGACAUUCUGCAGCCUCAGCAGCCGGGCAGGAGCUGGCUGAACAGGAGGCAGCUGGAUGGCUCCCUGAACAGAACUCCUGCGGGCUUCUACGACCGCGUGUGGCAGAUCCUGGAGAGAACCCCCAACGGCCUGAUCGUGGCAGGGAGAUUCCUGCCCCAGCAACCAACCUUAUCGGAUAUGACCAUGUAUGAAAUGAAUUUCUCCCUCCUAGUUGAAGAUAUGCUGCAAAACAUCGACCAGCCACAAUACAGGCAAAUCAUCGUGGAGUUGCUGAUGGUUAUAUCUGUUAUUUUGGAGAGAAAUCCUGAGCUAGAGUUCCAGGACAAAGUGGACUUGGACAAGGUGGUGCAAGAAGCAUUUCAUGACUUUCAGAAAGAUCACAGCAGUCCAAAGGGAUCUGAAAAUCAAAGUGACAUGACUGCAUUCUACAACACCCACCCACUUGGAAAAAAGGGAACGUGCAGCUACUUGAGCAAGGCUGUGAUCACUUUGCUGCUGGAAGGGGAAAUGAAAUCAAGCCACGAUGAUCCUUGCACCAUUAGCUAAGGCUUGGCACACAGCACAGGAAUUGUUGCUUUACUUAGUGUUCCAUGUAUUUUUCAAGCCAAUUAUAAGGGACUGUUUUGAAGGGUAACCCUGGCUAGUGACACAAAUGCAUCCUAUCCUUUGCUGAAAGAAGUGCCAUUAAAGAUACCAAGUGCCACCACAUUUUCUCCUUUCUCAGCUAUGCAGCAUGAAAGUAAGCACAUGAACCUAGUCCUGUGGUAUUUGAUUAAGUUGAAUAGGAAUGUAUUUAUGAUCUUAAAAUAUGCAUCUACUGUAGCUGGUAAAUUCAAGGGAACGGCAGUAUGAGAUUUUGUCUUUAUACCUCUAUUUAUUUAUAAUUGCAAACAAGUAGAAGAUAAAUUAAUAUGCAUACCAAUCAGUGUGAAAAUACAAAAAGUGGAUUAUUUUCUUAAUAUUCUACAAACGAAUUGGAGGUGAAGUAUUUGUUAUUCUCUUAAGGUUUUCUUUAUCGGUUCAAGUGAUAGCAUUCAUUUAAUGUGUUGGGUUUUUUAAUUUACAGGUUGGUAACUUGAUAUACAGGUUUCAUCCUAAUAGAGCAACUUUUUAUCUCUAGCAAUACACAUCACUGUAUUUUUCCCCAUUGUUAUUUAAACAUUUAACAAGGGAAAUAUAUGGUAACACAAUAAAAGUUUGUUUUUUAAAAAAGGCAAACAAGCUGUAUUUAAAUUAAAAUCAAUGAAGAAAUAACUUUGUAUUACAUAUGUUAUUAUGGUAUUAAAUAAUUCGAGACACACUUAUUUAUCUCCUGAAUGUGUGAAAACACUGUAUGCUACAUGCUUUAUUUUGGUGAAAAUAAUAAAAAGCAAAUGCUUGUAAAAAAAAAAA